ACCCUGUCCGUCCACUCGGAUGUCAGGACCACGCCCGGUAUCGGGCUGUCGUGAAGGCGUGAUCGCCUAGUGUCUCGCGUCAUCUUGAUAUCCUGCGGGGUACAGCAACACCACCGCAUAUAUACUCGCCACACGAUACCAGCAUAUCCCACCACAUCUCACCUUCUCAUCUCCAGACCAUCCCUCACCAUGCCUACCGAAUUCAUCAGUGUCACCUUCCCCAACGCCUCCACUGAGGUCGCUCCCAUCCCCAACGCGAGCAUCGACCCGGACUACCUCGUCCGCUACGCCCGCUCCCUCGACGACUACGGCUUCAACUACACCCUUGUCCCCUAUGACUCCUCCUCCUACGACCCCUUCACUAUCGGCGCCACCAUCGCCUCCGUCACCAAGAACAUCAAGGUGAUCAUCGCUCUCCGCCCAAACACCCUCUACCCCACCGUCGCCGCCAAAGCCCUCGCCACCCUCGACCAGCUCAGCCGCGGGCGCGUCGUCGUCCACUUGAUCGCCGGCGGCAGCGAUGCCGAGCAGGCCAAGGAAGGCGACUUCCUGAACAAGGAGCAGCGCUACGGCCGGUUGGAGGAAUACAUCCGCAUUCUGCGCCGCGCUUGGGAGUCCGCCGACCCCUUCGACUGGGAGACGGAGUACUACACAUUCAAGGGCUUCACCAACAAGGUUCGCCCGACAAACGGCACUAUCCCCGUGUCUGUGGGCGGGUCCUCGGACGAGGCCUACCGGGUCGGUGGCUCCCUGGCCGAUAUCUUCGGCCUGUGGGGUGAGCCUUUGAAGGAAACAAAGCAGCAGAUCGACCGGAUCUACGCAGAGGCCGACAAGGCAGGUCGUGCUCCCACGGACCGGCCGCGCAUCUGGGUCACGUUCCGGCCCAUUAUUGCGGAGACAGAUGAGCUGGCGUGGAAGAAGGCGCAUGAAACACUGGACAAGUUGAAGGAGUUCCGCGCGAACGGCCUGAGCAGAGUCCCUGCCAAUGCGCCGGCGCCGCAGAAUGCCGGGUCUCAGCGGCUUCUGGAUAUCGCGGCCAAGGGUGAGGUGCAGGAUCGUGCGCUGUGGUAUCCUACUGUCACGGCGACAAAUGCGCGGGGAGCGUCGACGGCGUUGGUCGGGUCCGCACAGACAAUCGUGGACUCGAUUCUGGAUUAUGUGGAUCUUGGGGCGGACUUGAUUUCCAUCCGUGGGUAUGAUAAUCUCAAUGAUGCCAUUGAUUAUGGUCGCUAUGUCUUGCCUCCGGUGCGGAAGGGGCUGGAGGAGAGAUUAGCUGCGAAAUAAGUGGUGGAGCUAUCAUGGGAUAUGUAAAUAGACUUCAGGGCUUGAUAGCAUUCGAUUUUAUGUAUA